AUGGUUGGUGGUGGAAACAGGAGAGACGAAGGGUCGAUGCCGAUUCAGAACACCAACUUGUUUGCCGCUUUGGAUACUCUGAGGAAGAAGAAGAAGAAGUCGGAUAAGGCCAAAGGCUCCUCAACGUCGUCAUCGAAAAAGGAGCCUGAGCCUCAGGUCUUCUGGGCACCUACGCCUCUCAAAGCAAAGGCUUGGGCUGAUGUCGGCAGCGACGACGAAGAUGAUGACUACUACGCAACCACUGCUCCGCCUCAGGCCAUGUGGAGUACUUCCCAAGCGUCCCGUUCGGAUGCUAAAGAGGUUCACGUUGAGGAAAGUGAAAGCGAAGAAGAUAUUCUUGAUGAAGGCGAUGAUGAUGAUUUGGAGGAAGAGCAGGAACAGGGAACAGAGAUGCAAGUUCAUCCAGAAGCAGAGCCUGAGGUGAAAAAGGCUCCUGAGGUUCCUGCACCACCCAAGGAGGCAGAGAGGCAGCUUUCGAAGAAAGAGAGGAAGCAGAAGGAACUUGCUGAGCUUGAGGCUUUGUUAGCAGAUUUUGGCGUUACACCUAAUGGUCAAGAAAACGCUCAAGGGAAGCAAGAAAAGAAAGAAGUCAAUGGAGAUGGAGAGAAGAAGGAGAACACAACGGGAGAAUCGAAGGCAUCAAAGAAGAAGAAAAAGAAGGAUAAACAGAAGGAGGUAAAAGAAUCUCAGGAUGAGGUAAAGAGCAACUCAGAUGCUGCAGGUGAGUCCGCUGAGCAGGAGGAGGCUUCUUCUUCCAUGGAUGUCAAAGAACGGCUAAAGAAGAUUGCAUCGAUGAAGAAGAAGAAAUCAAGCAAAGAGAUGGAUGCUGCUGCAAAAAUUGCUGCACAAGAAGCAGCUGCGAGGCGGGCAAAGCUGGCCGCCGCGAAAAAGAAGAAAGAGAAGAGUAACUACAACCAGCAGCCGGUGAGGUGA